GCUUUUCUGCUGGUUUCUCCAAGCAGUAUGGUGUUGGCUGAACAAUAUAUUGUAGGAGAUAGUGGCUGGGGAACUGAUGGAAUCGAUUACAAUGCUUGGGCUGCUAGCAAGACCUUCUAUACUGGAGAUGUUUUGAUUUUUCAUUACGAUCCAACUGUCCACAAUGUCGUUGUAGCGACGGAUUCUGAUGCGUUUGAUAAUUGCGUUACUCAACCCAACUUGGGUCUUUAUACUACUGCAAAUGACGAGCUAUAUUUAAAUGAUCCUGGAAACUACUAUUUCAUGUGUGAAUUUCAAUGCAAUUGGGAUGACAUGAAGAUGUUGGUCACAGUGAACAACUAGCAUCAUGAUAUACAUCCAUACGAAUAUGCAUGCCUCUAAUAAAUCUAAUAAGGACCUGAAGUUCUACUUAUAUACGUGUUAACGAAGUCUUAACGACUUUGCUUGUGUUCUAUUUGACUCAUAUGUAUCACAAAUGAAAGAGGUUUAUAUAGCAUGAUUUACAAUGUAACAAUAAAUCUAUAUAGGUCGUCAUAGAUUGUAUGUAAGGCAAACUGAGAGACGAAAUGUCGAAUGUAAUAUGGUUUCUGCCACAGUU